CAUUUGUGCUAGGCGUGCGAGUGUGUGACCCUCCUCCCAACCGGCUCCCGCACCGACGGCGGCAUGGAGCAAGCGGAGCCCGCGGCGGAGGUGCCCACGGCAAGGAACAGGAAGGUGGUGCUGCGGGAGUACAUCACCCGCGCGCCGACGGAGGACGACAUGCUGCUCGUCGACGGCGGCGCCGUGCCGCUGCGCGUCCCCGACGGCGCCGCCGGCCCGGCCGUGCUGGUGAAGAACCUCUACCUCUCCUGCGACCCCUACAUGCGCGGCCGGAUGCGGGACAACCACAGCUCCUACAUCCCCCCGUUCAAGCCCGGAUCGGUUAUAGAAGGGCUGGGCGUGGCGAGAGUGGUGGAUUCCACUUAUCCGGGGUUCAGCGCGGGCGACAUUGUUUCGGGAAUGACUGGCUGGGAGGAGUACAGCCUGAUCGAAAAGCCUGAGCAGCUGAAUAAGAUCCAGCAAAGUGACAUACCACUCUCGUAUCAUUUGGGGCUUCUCGGCAUGCCUGGUUUCACAGCUUAUGCUGGAUUCUAUGAGCUCUGCUCACCGAAGAAAGGCGAGUUUGUAUUUGUCUCUGCUGCAUCAGGGGCAGUUGGUCAGAUUGUUGGUCAACUUGCAAAGCUUCAUGGAUGCUAUGUUGUCGGAAGUGCUGGAACAAAUCAGAAAGUUGAGCUCCUAAAAGAUAAGUUUGGCUUCAAUGCAGCUUUUAAUUACAAAGAGGAGCCUGAUUUGACUGCAGCCUUAAAAAGGUACUUUCCUGAAGGUAUUGACAUCUACUUUGAGAAUGUUGGCGGAUCAAUGCUAGAUGCUGUACUUGUCAACAUGCGGAUGCAUGGUCGCAUUGCGGUAUGCGGGAUGGUCUCCCAACACGGCAUGACCGAUCCUGUAGGGAUCCACAACCUAUUCUGCCUGGUACCGAAACGGAUAAAGAUGCAGGGCUUCAUCCAAAGCGAUUUCCUCAACUUAUUCCCACAGUUCCUCGAUGACGUGGCCAAGCACUAUAGGGAUGGCAAGAUUGUGUAUGUAGAAGACAUGAGCAUUGGGCUAGAGAAUGCUCCUGGUGCCUUUGUUGGUCUAUUCAGUGGUAAAAAUGUUGGCAAACAAGUCGUGUGCAUGUCACAAGAGUGAAGUACGUGUACAUCUAAAUGAAUAUUACAAACCUCAUGAUUCAAAUAAAUAACAAAAGUUGUGAAACCUCUUA